CUGAGCCUGUUUCAUCAGCCUCAAAAUGGGAAUGAUGUCUCUGAGGACUGUUGAGGAUUCCAUGUGAUGGUACUCAUGGAACAGAUUUCUAAUCUAAAGCCUGGUCUCAAUGUGAAGUGUGGCCGCAGUAGUGGUUGAAAGAGCUGGAAGUGUUUUUGUGGCACUUUGCAAACGUAUGAGAGACAACAGUGUAACUACAAUUGUCUUAAUUAUUUUUUAACUUUUUAUUUUAAAAUAAUUUCGGAUUUACAGAAAAUGUCUGUAAUGCCUGGGGAAGCUAUCUGCGUAGCAGUUAAAGAGAACUGAAAGCAAGGGCUUAAAAAAAAAUCACUGUCUGAAAUGUCUGAUGAUACCACAGUAUAACAGCUGCUAACAAAUUGUCAUAUCCAUAUCAAUCUAGAAAUGUGUGUCUCAGCCAGGGCAUUUUCCCCCCCCAGGGCCAUUUGCACUGUCUGGAGACAUGUUUGGAUGUCACAACUGGGGGGAAACUUCUAGCAUAUAGUGGGGGAGUUAUGACUGGCAUUAAGCAGGUACAAGCCAAGGAUACUGCUCAACAUUCUACCAUCCUACAGGACAGCCCACAAUAAAGAAAUAUCUGGCCCAAAAUACUAAUCAGUUAAGGAAGUUACUGACGUUAAGGAACCCAGUUCUAGAAAUUUGAAAAGCAGAGUAUAUGAAGUAUAUUUGUAUGCUUGGAGUAGGUUUAUUUAGAAGAAAAAUAUGUAAAUAUAAAAGUGCCUGUAGAUGAAUCACUGGGUUCUACUCCUGAAACCAAUACUACAUUGUAUGUUACUUAACUUGAAUUUAAAUAAAUUAAUUUUUUUAAAAAAGUUCCCAUAAGGUAAGAUCUGGCUAUUUCAAGAACAUUGUCCCAGAUAUGUGUUCACUUACUACUGUGAUGGUUAAUGUUAUGUGUCAACUUGACUGGGCCAUAGGGUGCCCAAACAGUUGAUCAAAUAUUAUUCUGAGUGUUUCUGUGAGGGUGUUUUUGGAAGAGAUUAACAUUUAAAUGAGUGGGCUUGAGUAAAGCAGAUUGCCCUCCUUACUGUAGGUGGGCCUCAUCCUGUCAGUUGAAAGCCUAAAUAGACCUGUCCACCUCCCACACACCCCCACAAACCACCCCCACCUCCAAGAAGAGAGAAUUCUGAUUCCAACUGAAACAUCCACUAUUCCUGCUAGAUAGCCUUCAAACUGGGACCUCAGCACCUGGUUCUACACCACCUUUUGGCCUUCAGACUCAACCCGAGACAUCAGUUCUACAGAGUUCAGGACCAAAAUGAAGAAGACAUCCCAGAUCUGCCAAUCCAAACUGCCAGACAACACUGCCUUGAAGCAGCAGCAAUUGCCUGCCUACCGGUUACAGCUCUCGGCCACUGGAGUCCUCUCUGGCUUUUUUGCCACAGGAGCAUUCUGCCUUGGUGUGGGCAUCAUCCUUAUAUUGUCUGCAAAGAGUAUCAAGGAAAUAGAGAUUAAAUACACAAAAAUAUGUGCAAAUUGUGCAGAACUGCGAGAAGAUGCUAUUAAUUUUGACAAAGAAUGCACCUGCUCUAUUCCCUUUUACCUUUCAGAGACAAUGCAGGGCAAUGUUUAUUUGUACUACAAGUUAUAUGGCUUCUAUCAGAAUCUUUAUCGAUAUAUUCUAUCCAGAAGUAAUAGCCAACUGGUGGGUACAGAUUUAAAGGAUGUUGGAAACUGUGCUCCAUUUAGCAAGUCCCACAAUGGGACCCCCAUCGCUCCUUGUGGUGCUAUUGCCAACAGCAUAUUCAAUGAUACCAUCAUUCUUUCCUACAACCUUAAUUCAUCUAUACAUAUGGAAGUCCCAAUGCUAAGGAGCGGAAUUACAUGGUGGACAGAUAAGUAUGUCAAGUUUCGGAAUCCAAGUGCCAUUAAUCUUUCUAGUGCAUUUACAGGAACCGCAAAGCCCCCAUACUGGUCUAAACCUGUCUAUGAACUGGAUUUAGAGGAUACAGAAAACAAUGGCUUCCUCAAUGAUGACUUCAUUGUGUGGAUGCGGACAGCUGCCUUUCCUACUUUCAAAAAACUAUACCGUCGACUCAAUCGAGUACAGUAUUUUAUUGAAGGCUUGCCUGCUGGUAACUACAGUUUCAACAUUACCUACAAUUUUCCAGUAACCAGGUUCAAAGGAGAAAAAUCAGUUGUUCUUUCCACCCUGACAUGGAGUGGAGGCAGUAGCCUUUUCUUAGGUCUCGCCUACACAGUGACAGGAGCUGUGACAUGGUUGGCUGCCUUUUCCAUGAUGGCAAUCCACUUGAUGCUGAAAGAAAAGAGAACGCUCUUCAUCGAGCGGUAAAGUCAAGUUUUAAAAAGAAAACAAGAAAACACAGAAAUGGACAAUGAAGCAACUAACAGAGCCAAUGAUUUCUGACAAGGCUUGAAAUGACGGGGAUGUUUCAUCAAGGGGAACUGGAUGGACCAACCAAGUGCAAUCCCAGAAAGAUAAAUACUGAGAGUUUCAGGGUGAAGAAGAGGAAGAAGAGGGGGAGAAAGCGGUGGAGGAGGAAGGAUGGAACAGCAUAAUUAUGUAUUUAGUAAAGUGUCCUUGGAAUGGGAAAGAUAAGUCAUCCUUGAGUUCUUUUCUUUAAAUUUUUUAAAUUUAUCUAUUUAUUUUGAAAGGCAGAGAGAGAGAGAGAGAGCACACAAGUAGGGCAGGAACAGAGAGAGAGGGAAAGAGAAUCCCAAGCAGGGUCCAUACUGUCUGCACAGAGCCCAAUGCUGGGCUCAAACUCAAACCGUGAGGUCAUGACCUGAACCGAAAUCAAGAGUUGGACACUUAACCGACUGAGCCACCAGGUGCCCCCAUCCUUGAGUUCUAAACCAAGUCUCAGGUGUUUAUUUGAAGCCCUGUGCCAAAGGCCGGUGAAUGCCUAGGGAAGAAUGCCAUCAGCAGACAUAAGUAAGUAAGUCUGGGUUCCCAAAGACUUUUAACCUCAGUCUCAGACCAUGAGUCUUCAUUGCCUGGUAGAAAUUACAGACUUUCUAACAAUUGCUGAGCAGUGAAUUUAGCAAUCAGGAUGAUUUUUAAAAACUUAUUUAUUCAAUGUUCUCUUCUUUCUAGGGAUUCAAAACUCAGUUUUCUCUGCUAAGUAUAUACCUAGCAAAGAUUAUGGCAGUGCUUUGACCACCCAAUAUAUAGCAAUACACCAAAAAGAAAGGCCGGAGGGUUUCCUAAAGCUAUCCAUGUAGCUAAGAAGGAAGCACUGAACGUUGUAGAUUCUCUCAAAAGUUGUAUUCAGCAUUUAAGGACACAAAACAAUUCUAGAACUUAUAUUAGAUGAUAUAUCCUGGAAAGCAAAUGAUGUGUAUUUAUUUAUAAUACUUGAAUUAUAUGUGUUGAGGGAGCUUCUCAGG